AUCGAUUGCGUGGUGCACUUUCAAUUAUUAUCUUCUGGGUUGGAAGAAUGUCUCCGUGAAGCUUCUCACAAGGUCCUCCGGCGCCAAAACGAACGUCAAACUAGAAAUAAAUGGCAUCGCUGAAAGAAUUGCUUGCCCGCGAAGGAUUCGAGAGUGGAAGGUUUCCGCUGAGUACUCGGAAACUAGCGAAGCCUAGAGGCAGAAUCAUACCCGACGAGACAAUACCCUCGCCCAUCUACAUCUGCCAUGAUUGCACACAACUCGAUUCCGCGAAGCACGAGACUGAGAAGGCUUUUUUGCGGGGUGGGUCUUCGUUAUUUUCAUCCAAGAUGGUAAGUUCGGAUUCCGAGAGAUCGAGUUCUAAGCCUUUCCUGACAGAUAAGCCUGCUGUGGAUGGUGAAGUAGCCACUAGAGCAGUGGUUUCUAUUCUCAGCGGCUACAUAGGACGGUACUUGAAAGAGGAGACUUUCCGGGAAACUUUAAGAGAGAAGUGUAGUUCCUGCUUGCGGAAGGAAAAGAAGGAUUUGAAUGGUGGAAUUCUAGCAGACAUGGAAAUGGGCAUACAGAGUAUUGAGAUAUUGUUAGAGAAUCGAGGCUGGGGAAUGGAAUCGAUGGAAACCUCGCUACAGAAUUCCAUUUGGCGUUUGAACAAUGUUGCAUCUUUGAAUUCCAAGUACUCGAAGAAAUGUCCAAGCGGCGGCAUUCCCAGAAAUCAUCUCUCGGCCUGUGCGCAUCUCUACUUAGCAAUUGCUUACAAGCUUGAGAGAAAUGACAUUGUCUCCGCCGCGCACCUUCUCCAAGUUUUCUGCGAGUCACCAUUUCUCGUUCGAACGCAUUUACUUUCGGAUCUUUGGGAACAUCUCUUUCUUCCCCACCUUCUCCAUCUCAAGAUUUGGUACGGUGAAGAACUUGAGUUCAUCUCAAACUCCAGAUAUGGCGUGAAAGAGAAGACUAAAGCUCUGACCAAACUCUAUAAUGACCAAAUGGAUAUGGGUACUGCUCAGUUUGCAUGUUACUAUCAGGAGUGGCUAAAAGUUGGUGACGCCGAUGCGCCUGCUUUCCCUUCUGUGCCUUUGCCUUCCAGACCCAGUUGUCGAACUUCAAGAAGGAGAUCCUCGGAUUCUUUUAGUUCUCAUUCUUCCAGGAAUAACAGCAUAUAUCGAUCUGUUUUUAGUCACACACUUCAGCGACAAUCUGUAGACCUUGACGAAGGAAAUGGAGGUUCUAUCAAUGCAAGGAGAUUGAAAGAAGAACAAAAAAUGUAUAUUCGUGAUGGAAAGAGGGUUCAUCGAAGAUCAUCAAACGAAACUGGCAGAAAUGCAAUUGCUGAACUGUUGCGUGAGACGCGGAAAUCAGACUAUUUUUGGUUUUUUCCCUGCCAGAGUGUACCAACAAGGGGAUGUUCAAUGCAUGGGAAUCAUAUCGACAGUAAUAAUAAGGAAGAAAAUGUCCAUCUUCCUCUAAGUGAUCUAAGCAGAGCCGUUGCCACUAUUUGCUACUCAGAUAUCAUAACUGACUGCGAAGUAGCUGUCCGUGUAAUUAUCAAAACUUGGUUGGAUUUGCGUGGGGAUUCGACCAUUGAAACCGCUUUAUUGAAGGAACCCUUGAUUGAGGGAAUGCUUGAGGUUCUUUCUGCUUCUGAGAACGAUGAAAUUCUUGAAUUAAUAAUCUCAAUUCUGGCAGAAUUUGUGGGGAGGAAUGAGAUGUUUAGGCUGACAAUACUAAAUUCAGACCCACAGCUAGAGAUCUUCAUUAAACUUCUAAGAAACAGUAAUUUGUUUUUAAAAGCAGCUGUUCUUCUGCACCUAAUAAAGCCAAAGGCAAAACAGAUGAUAUCGAUUGAGUGGGUUCCCUUAGUCCUUCGAGUGUUAGAAUUCGGUGACCAGUUGCAGACCCUAUUCUCCAUUUGUUGCAAUCCUCAAGUGGCAGCAUAUUACUUUCUAGACCAGCUUGUUACUGGUUUCAAUGAAGAUAGAAACUUUGAGAAUGCAAGGCAUAUAGUUUCACUUGGUGGUUUGAACUUGUUAGUAAGAAGGGUUGAGAAAGGAGAUUUCUCAGAGAGGAACUAUGCUGCUCAAAUAAUUUCUUCCUGCAUCCGUGCUGAUGGAAGGUGUCGCCAAUACUUGGUCAAAAAUUUGAAUUUGGCUUCUAUUCUUGAACUCCUUUUCAGAAGGCAGACGAAUUCAAGUGCCUGCAUUUGUUUUGUGCUAAUUGAAUUGCUCUGCCUUGAUAGGAGAACUCAAAUUGCAACAUUCUUAAAUGGACUUAAACAUGCAGUGGGUGGCUUGAACACCAUGCACAUCUUAUUAGCCCAUCUCCUGAGGGCCCCCCCUGAAGAACAGCCAUUGGUUGCAGCCAUAUUAUUGCAGCUUGAUCUUCUGGGAGAUCCUCUGAAGUCAAGUGUCUACAGAGAAGAAGCACUUGAGGCAAUCAUUGCAGGAUUGUAUUGUCUAACUUGUAACAUAAAAGUGCAAGAACAGUCAGCCAGAGCUCUCUUAAUUCUUGGGGGACGUUUCUCUUAUACUGGAGAGACAUUGAUGGAAAAGUGGAUUUUACAAGAAGCAGGUUUUGAUGAGAGAUCAGAGGAUUCUUUUCAUAGGAAUGAUAUACUUGCCAACGAAUUUGUACGCACUACAGAAGACGCAGCAGCAACGGAAAAUUGGCAAAAAACAGCAGCAACUGCCCUGCUUAGCAGCAGGGGUAAUGAGAGAUUUUUUACUGCUCUUGCAGAUUCCAUGGCCAAUGGCAUCCCGUGUUUAGCACGGGCAAGCCUCGUCACUAUUUCAUGGAUGAGCAGCUUUCUUCAUUCAAUUGAGGAUGAUAAUUUUCAGUCCAUGGCAUGCUCAAUUCUCAUGCCAAAGUUGCUACGGUACUUAAGUCACGACAAAAGUCUUGAAGAAAGAGUGAUGACUUCAUUUUCUUUGCUGAAUCUCAUGAAGACUUCAGUUUUUAUUUUUUGUUGUCAAAUUGUUUACAGGGUGUGUUUCUAUGUUGUCGCUAUUAAACAGAGGGCUGGUUGAGCCUCUUCGGAGUCUCUGCCAAGUGACCUGGACAGCUAAUGAGCUCAUUUCCAUCAUCACCGGCAGCUCCCAAUCAUCAGAGCCUUCAGAGUUCCAAAACAUGGAAUCAUUAAAUCAAAGCGCAAGUGUUAUAAUCUGUUAAACAGAGGGCUAUGUUGUCGCCAUUAAAAAGAGGGCUGGUUGAGCCUCUUGGGAGUCUCUGCCAAGUGACAUGGACAGCUAAUGAGCUUAUUUCCAUCAUCCCGCAGAGCAUUCUGAGUUCCAAAACAUGGAAUCAUUAAAUCAAAACGCAAGUGUUAUAAUCUGCUUAUUCCAGGUGGUUUUAUAUAUGAAUUUCAAAUCUUAGAAUUUGAAUUUGGAUAAAUUUCAAUUCAAUUUUAUAUUACAUCU